AUGGCUUCGUCAUUAUCAUCAAAAGCUACAAGUUUCGAACAUUUUAGUCACAAACUUUAUUCAUCUGUUAGUCGAAAGAAGAUUAAUCAAAAUAUAUUUUUUUCACCAGCAAGUAUUGCUCUUGCUAUGUCAAUGUGUACAGUUGGUGCUCGAAAAGAAACAUUAAAUCAAAUGUUACAUGUUCUGGAUGCAUCAUCAACAGACAGUUUAACAAAAACAGCUGAAAAAAUUAUGCAUGUGUUUUCUAUUGCUCAUCAUGACACACAAGUUCAACUUAAAUUAGCUAAUCGUCUUUAUGCACAAAAAGCAUAUAAACUUCAACCAAAUUAUUUAAGUCUUGUUCAAAAUUCUUUUAAAGCUGAUAUUAAACUCCAAGAUUUUCAAAAUGAUAGUGCUCAUGCUGUUCACAAAAUCAAUAGAUGGGUUGAAAAAAAAACAAACAGUCUAAUUCAAAAUUUACUUUCAGAAAAUGAUGUUACACGUGAUACACGAUUAAUCAUUGUUAAUUGUAUUUAUUUUAAGGGUACAUGGAUAAACCAAUUUAAAGAACGUUUAACAAAUCUAAAUGCUGAUUUUCAUGAAGCUAAUGGUAAGAUACAGAAAAUAAAACUAAUGUAUCAAAAAGAAAAUUUUGCUUAUGCUGAAAACAACGAUUUACAUGUACAAAUUGCUCAUUUACCAUAUAAAAGUGAUAGUCAAGAUAUUCAAUUUGUUUUUACUGUAAUUUUACCUAAGCAAGGUGUUUCAUUGGAUGAAGUUGAACAAAAAUUAAUAUCAAAACCAAGCCUAAUGCACAAAGUAUUAAGUGAUGAAAAUACAACAACACAAGAACUUCUUUUAUAUUUACCAAAAUUUAAAAUGGAAGCUGCAUUUGAAUUAAAUGAUGUUCUUAUACACCUUGGAAUGAUAAAUGCAUUUAGUGGUAGCAAAGCAGAUUUUACUGGUAUUGUCAGUCAACAAGAUGACAGAAAUGGCUCAGAAGCAGCAGCAGCUACUGCAGUUGUCAUGUUGUGUGGUUGUUCAGGAAUGUUUGAGGAAGAACAGCCUAUUGAAUUCAAAGCUGAUCGACCAUUCUUAUUUUUCAUUCGUGAAAGUCGACAAAAUAUUGUUUUAUUUAAUGGCAAAUAUGUCUCACCACCGAUGGCUUCAUAA